AUGUCUGAUGAAGACAUUGACCUAAAUAAAUUCAAUGAAUUGCAAAGUAUCUACAAAUACUGCAUAGAUUUGUAUACUGCAUUGUAUCAGCUAAAAACUGAAAAAGAAGAAGAAUUAAACUCAAUUUACAAAAAUAUCAGAGUAGUAUUGAUUGAUUCAAAUAAAAAUUCUCCACAAAAUAUACUCAAAGAUAUUUUAGAUAUCAUUCCGUAUAAUAAUCGCUAUACAAAGUCAUAUUUAUAUCUUGCCAAACUCAUAUCUGAUGAAUAUCAAGUCAAAGAGAUCAGCAAUGUUAUAUCUAUCUAA